AUGGGUCGAUAUACGGGGAAAACAUGUCGUCUGAGUACAAUGCUUGCACUGACAGCCUCCUUCUUCCUUGUUGAGAUCGUCGUUGGUUAUGUGACCAAUUCAGUUGCCUUGGUUGCUGAUUCAUUUCACAUGUUGUCUGAUGUGGUGGCACUGAUCGUUGGUUUCUGUUCAGUUCGGAUAUCAAAAUGGUCAUCAAAGAGGAACACCUACGGCUGGAUACGGGCUGAGAUUCUUGGUGCCUUAGUCAAUGCUGUCUUCCUACUGGCACUCUGCUUCUCCAUUUUGGUGGAAGCUCUGAAGCGUCUGGUGGACAUGGAGAGGGUGGAGAACCCCAGGCUCUUGCUGAUUGUUGGCGGAGCAGGUCUGGUUAUAAACAUAAUUGGACUGGUGCUGUUUGGAGGUCAUGGUCAUUCUCAUGGCGGUCAUGGCCAUGCCCAUGGAGGUCAGGGUCACGCCCAUGGAGGUCAUGGCCACUCCCAUGAUGGACACAAACCUGCAAAUUCUCCUGAUGAGGUGUUCUUGGACAUUAGAAAUGGAAGUGUGAUCAAAGCAACUGAAAACGAGGCGCUAGUACCGUCAGAGCGGGUGUCGUCGGCAACCCCAGCGGAUGAGAAAGAGAUCUUUAUGUCCCAAAAUACCGAUGUCACAAUUGAGUUCAAAAAGCCGAAAAUAGCUUCAUCACAGCAGCUAAACAUGAGGGGCGUCUUCCUGCACGUCCUGGGGGAUGCUCUCGGCUCUCUAGUGGUGGUCAUCUCAGCCCUGGUGAUCAUGUUCGCUGAUGGUGACUGGAGGUUUUACAUUGAUCCUGCUAUGAGUGUCUUCAUGGUGAUAAUCAUUCUUAGCACUACAAUACCUCUAUUGAAGGAGUCUGCUCUUAUCCUGCUGCAGACUGUCCCAUCUCAUGUGGAUGUGGAGAACAUUAUUAAAGAGCUGGAACAAAUGGAAGGUAUAUAUGGUGUACACGAAUGCCAUAUAUGGCAGCUGGCAGGAAACAGAAUCAUAGCUUCCGCACACAUUCGCUGCCAUGGGAUAGAGGAGUACAUGACCCUGGCUGCAAAAAUUAAAUCCCUCUUCCACAAAGCGGGAAUACAUUCCACAACUAUUCAGCCAGAGUUCAUUGACUGGCAGGAUGCAAAUUCCGAGCAUCAACCUUGUGCCUUGCCCUGUAACGCGACAGGAGAACAAUGUAAGGAAGAGACGUGCUGCGGAGACAAGCGCAAACGUUUGUACGGAAGCAAACCGAAUGAAACUGGUGUCGACCUGAAUGAUAUGACCCCGCAGCCUGGCAACACAGGCAGUGUGGUCACGUACACAUCAGCUCAGCCUUGUACAUUCUCCAGUCUUCGAAGUCUGGAUCUGAAGUUCAGCCCCGACGGGGAUGAAGUGGUCCUGGAGAUGUUGGAUAUCAAGAAAGCUGUCAUUGAUAAUCAAGGAGCUAGUAAAAAUAUUUCACAGUCGCCUCCGCCAGGACAUAGUUUGAAGGAGGAAAGGACAAUGUCUCGUUGA